AUGACCAGCUUCGAUCCCUCAAAGCCCAUCAAUGACCCGAGUGUCUGGUAUCCAAAGGGCCUAUUUCUUGACAACAAAACGAAGAAGAUUACUGCUUUCAGCGCCGAGCAGGAUGACGACAAGACAUUCCUCUUGGAUGAUGAAAAUAUGGUAGCUCUCAGUAGAUUCCUAUGGACUGGAAAGUUGCUCCCAACCGACCGCGAGACCUACAUCAGAGUCUUGGGUCUCACUGACACCAACGAGAUGAGUGACAAGGUUUGGAAAGAGGUGGACAACCUACUCGGAACCUAUACCGAGGUGUCGAGCAGUUGUACCACCUUCCAGGAAGUUACCUGGAAUGGCCUUGUGGACCUCUCGGGUACGAUCAAAACAUAUGCCACAUUAGCAGGGGGAACAAGCGACAGCUCAUAUUAUCGAGGCAUGUUAGAAUGGAUUGGACAGUAUAACGACGAAAUGGAAAAGGCAUCCCCCGAUCAAAAGACUCUUGAUGAUUUGGAAUCGAGUAUCAAAGGUGCUAUCAACGGCGAGGAGAAGAAGAUUUCAUCUAUCCAGGACAAAAUCGCAGAGACCCUGAGUGCCUUGAAACAGUUUCAUGAUGACUGUAAGGCGUACGAGUCUACUCUCGAGGGCGAUGAAAAGAGCCUAAAAUCGCUUCUUGAGGAGGAGGGUAAUGAUAUAGAGCAUUUGACGGCUGUUAUUGCGGAGGAAAGGAAGAAUAUCCAGGACCUACAAGUGGCUAUUGACAGAGACCACGAUAAGAUCAAAGAUACUGCCUACUACGUCUGGAUACCGUUCAUUGGCACCAUUGCUGGUGUCACAGUUGAUAUUCUCGCCGAAAGUGACAUCAAACGGCUGGAGGCGAGCAUGAAAAAGAUUCAAGAGACGAUCGAUGCAAAUGUAGAAAAGCUACAGAUUGCUGUUCGGCUACAAGGCGAUAUACAAUCCAUGGGAGCCCAAGUCACAGAUAUCAUCAAUGUGAUUGGACCUGCUGUCGAAACGCUCGAGCUGCUUCAGGGCGCUUGGGCUCUGAUGGCCGCCGACCUUACUACAGUCUACGACUUAUUUGAAAGUGACAAGCAGGAGAUUCCGCCCAUGCUACUUGUAGACAGGGAGCUGAAAACGAUUGUUGAUGCUUGGAAUGAGUUGAAAACCCACGCGGAUGAGUAUAUCGCUCAUGCUUUUAUGACCACCGAUCCAGAGAAAGUCACCAUUCAGGAUUAUCUAAAUCAGCUGGACGCUCGGCUAAAGUAG